AUGCGUAGUUAUACAACAUGGAGUAAGCACGGCGAAGUAGCUGAUCAUGAACCUACUUAUGACAGAACAUCUGGUGGUAGUUUCGAGCCUGAUCAUUUGAACCCAGCUAUAAACAUUCUACAUGACAGUUUUCCUACAUUUGCUCCAACGCAUGAGGAAGAUGCAAUUUAUGAUACAACUACUGACACAGUUCAUGUGCUUCCGUACACCAACACUCAUGAUUAUGAUAAGUAUACUAGACUGCUUGCACGAGUUCAGAUUCCACUAUAUGAUGGUAGUCCUCAGACUGUUUUGGGGACCAUUUUGUCACAAAUGCAGCUUAAAGUGAAGAACAGGUGGUCAAAUGAGGCUUUUGACAAUAUGUUGAAGAAUGUUAAGAAUAUGCUUCCUCAACCAAACAAUCUCCCUGAUAGUUAUUACAAGGUGCACAAGAUUUUGGGUGACCUUGGCCUAGGCUAUGAUAAAAUACAUGCGUGCAAGAAUGAUUGUGUUCUGUUUUACAAAACGAGAGCAGAGCUUGAUGAAUGUCCAAUAUGCUUCGAGUCGAGGUGGAAGGAAGGUACAGUUAAGGAAAACAGUGUUCCAGUAAAGGUGCUUCGUCAUUUCCCUUUGAUUCCGAGGCUAAAGCGUUUGUAUAUGUCUAGACACACUUCAAGUGAAAUGAGAUGGCAUGGGGAAAGAAGGGUAGAUGAUGAUACUUUGAGACACCCUGCAGAUGGCGAGGCUUGGAAAACCUUUGAUAGAUCAUUCCCUGAUUUUGCAGCAGAUGUUCGAAAUGUAAGACUCGGGCUUGCAACAGACGGAUUCAAUCCCUUUGGAAGUAUGAGUUUGGCUCAUAGUACAUGGCCUGUUAUUCUUGUGCCGUACAACCUGCCUCCUUGGAUGUGUAUGAAGAAGGAAUUUAGUAUGAUGUCUUUGUUAAUUCCUGGUCCUAAGUCUCCUGGAAAGUGUUUAGAUGUGUAUAUGGAACCAUUGAUCGAUGAGUUGUUAAAAUUAUGGGAAAAUGGAGUCCUUACUUUUGACAGGCACAGUGGAAGUUCAUUCAUUAUGAGAGCAGCAGUUAUGUGGACUAUAAGUGAUUUUCCUGGUUAUGGGAUGUUGUCGUCUCAAGCUGUGCAUGGGUACAAAGCAUGUCCGGUCUGCUUGAAUGAAGUUCAUUCUGAUUGGCAUGCUGGGAAGGUGUGUUACUUGGGUCACCGAAGAUGGCUUCCAAUUGACCACUCGUGGCGGCAGGAUGCAGAAGGAUUUGAUGGCACAGUCGAGUUUCGUACUAAACCCCGAGUGUGGUCUGGUGAUGAAAUUUUGGAGAUGCUGAACUCAUUUGAUUUUGGAGUGUUGAGUGGUGAUCCUGCUAUAAUGGGAACAACUCGCCCAGAUGAUAUGAUGUGUUUUACACACAAAAGUAGAUUCUAUGAUUUACCUUAUUGGUCGAAAUCAGUAUUGAGACACGCCCUAGAUGUCAUGCACAUAGAGGGGAAUGUAGCUAAUAUCAUUAUGGGAACAACUCUUAGUCUUAAAUACGGUAAUAAGGAUACUGUGAAAGCGCGCGAGGAUCUAAAGAAGCUACGAAUACGAGAACAUUUGUGGCCAAUAAAGAAGGGGUCAGUGACGAAAUUACCUCUUGCUCCUUACACUGUGCAUCCAACUUUGAAGAGACAUGUAUUCACCUGGUUUAAAGGAGUAAAGUAUCCUCAUGGGUAUGCAGAUGUGGUGGAACCUAUAAUAGCACUCUGUCGGUUCUUUCAAAAGCUAUGCGCUAAAGAGCUCAAGAAGUCAGAAGUUCUUAUAUUGAAAGAAGACAUUGUGUACAUCUUGUGCAAAUUGGAGCGGGUUUUUCCGCCCGCUUUCUUUGUCAUUAUGAUCCACCUGAUGGUCCAUCUUCCUGAACAAAUCUUGCUUUCUGGUCCAGUACACUGCACCUGGAUGUACCCCCAAGAAAGUGAUGGGGCGGAAUCUUCAACCAUGGCUAGUACCAGACAACACUUCAAUCUUUCAGUUGUUUCAGGAGAGGUACGACACUUUGGUACUUUACCAAAUUUUGAGAGAUUAAGUGAUCCUGAGCUAGCUGAAGCUCAUUGGUGUGUACUACAACACUGCAAAGAAGCUCAGUAUUUCCUUGAUGAGCAUUUGAAGCUCAUUAAAGCCAAUCCAAGAGAUCGGAGGCCUAACGUGACACAUAAAAGAAAGUUUCCUGAUUACUUUCUAACAUGGAUGAGAAGCCUAAGACAACAGAAUAGUGAAUGGUGCACACCCGAAUUGUACCAUUUGGCAUGCAAGCCAAAACACCACAGUGUACAUGCGGGAUGUUUUGUCAACGGCGUGAAGUUUGUAACACUUCAACGAGAUAUAAACCACAAAACCCAAAACUAUGGGGUCAUGGUACAUGGGGACAACUUUCCCUACUACGGAGUGCUACUUGCCGUUGUCGAGUUAAUGUAUGGAAAUAUGAGCGUUGUACUGUUCAAGUGUAAAUGGUUCAAUACUAAUCCGAAUGUGCCGAGGAGUACGAAGAUGGAUUAUGGUAUGUUAUCAGUGAAUACAGAGACAAGCUGGUACGACACUGAGCCGUUUAUUCUCGCCACCAUGGCAAAACAAGUGUUCUAUCUUGAUGAUCCUAAAGCUGGCCCUCCUUGGAAAGUAGUUAACUUUAUGUCACAUAGGAAUAUAUGGAGUGAGACCACACUUUCUGGCGGUGAAGAACUUGAUGAUGAAGAGGACAACGAUGAAGUUCAUGAACCAUAUCAAGAGCCUUCCCCAUCUCAAAUAUGUGGUUUAGAUGAUAUUCGCAUCAACAACCACUUACACUUCGUGCAAGGAGAUCAAUUCAUCACAAUCCCAAACGAAUCUACAUCUCAAAAUAGGCAGGGAGACCAUGGUGCCAUUGUUGAAGGAAAUUAUGCUUCAGAAGACGACAUCUUUAAUGAAUCGUACACAACGGAAUCAGAGGCAAAUGAUACAGAAGAUGAGGAUUGGAAUGAAGACAAUUAA